UAGUCAGCAACUGGAAAAAUGCCAGAUUCUGAAAGUAAUUUGGUGUCUUCACAUGUGGAUGUUAUAAAUCGUACUUCAGUCUUGAGUGAAAUGAAAAUUUCAGAUGGAAAGAGAUCUGUUGAAAGAAGAGCAGUGACUCAGAUUGGGAAGAAUGGCUAUCCUGACUCCAUAUACAUAAAUGCAGCUAAGAUUUUCCAGGGCAUUCGUACUGAAAGGAGUUCGGGCAGAAUCCUGGUGCGGUACGGCGAUACCUCCGAACCUCCCGUGGUGGCUUUUAAAGAUGAGCAUUCCAGGCGUGAAUCCUAUGAACUGGCUUUCAGAGCUCUCAAAUAUCAAGAUCUUCUUGAAGAAAUGUUGUUAGAUAGUAAGGUUUACCCAUGCUACUCAAUACCAGAUGAGCUAACCAGCUUGCUUGUUGUGAUGCUUUGUGACCUGCAAGACCGAAAGUUUGAAAAACGAAAGGUUUUUGCUGAAGAGGAACCUGUAGCAGAAGUUCAGGAAAUAGGGCAUUAUUUAUACAGGUAUAAGACCAAACUGGCAGCUGCACUGGCACGAUGUCGCAUUAAAUAUGAUGCUCUUUCAAUUGAAUACUUUGUACCAGAAACUAUAUCAAAGCAGGAACAAAGGACUUCUGCUGUACCUGUCUGUUUUUGGAUAAACACAUUUAAAAUCAGCCUUGAAGAUGUUGUCAGAGAUUUGGAGAUGAAGGGAUUCACAAAGGUUGAAUCUGUGUCAGACUUUGACCAUUACACGUAUGCUGUGGACCAACAUUGCCAUGAUGUAUUGGUUUUUCCUUCCUCUCUUAGAGAAGAACUGCUUAACUUAGAUCUUUUUGCGGAUUGCAAACUCUUACUGCAGGACAAGUCUCGCAGCCUUGCUGUGCACUCUGCACACGCGCUGCUGAGUGAAGGUGGUGACAUUAUAAUGGCUCACAUAGGCUCCCAUCUGACCACUGCCCAUAUGUCAGUGCUGACAAACGACAGCAGCUCCAAAAUUUUUGUUUGUGGUGUGAAAUCUUCGGCAAAAGAAGAAGAACUGAGGAACAAUUUCAGUCACAUGGGAUGUGAAAAUAUUUGGUUGUUACAUGAAGACUUUAUUGAGCUUCAACCAACAGACCCAAGACUUGAAAAGGCAAAAGUUAUUUUGCUGCUACCACAAUGCUCUGAACUGGGUGCUGGCAAUCCAAUGGAGCUUAUUUUAAGUGAACACAGCGAUGCAGGAUUGCUACGAGACCUUUUCCAGGGAUUUGUGUCUGAGGAUAAACUCAGGAUUCUUACUGAGAGGCAGCUUAAUGAGUUGAUUCAUGCACUGAAAUUUAACAAAGUACAAGCUAUUGUUUACUGCACUUGCUCAGUUUACCCAGAAGAAAAUGAACUUGUAGUGAAAAAAGCACUGGAAUCUGGAGUGGAGGGAGAUAAACGACCAUAUAGGCUUAUUCCUUCUAUUUUUUCUACUUGCUCCAAUUCAGAGUCUUCCACUGAAAUGUUUUUCAAAAUAGAGCCAUCAGAAAUUUCCAGUGGUUGUUUCCUAGCUGUUCUAGAGAGAGAGAAAAAAGUGUCUGCGAAAGACAUUUUGGCUUCUGCUGCAGCAAAAGCUCUCCUAGGUGAUAUUGUUGAAGAAAAACCAAAAGAAGAGGUGAAAAAGCCAAAAGUAAAACAACGUAGACGUAAGGCUGCUGCUAGUGAUAGCAAGCCAAAAGCUGCAAAGGACCUUCACCACCACACUGGAGCUAACGUUAAGGCUGAAGUUCCUGUGUCUAAAGCAGCCAGUAAGAUACAAGAAAAGCAGGUGUGCCCCACAAAAGCAGGCAGUAACACUCCACAGAAGACUGUGCAAGGGAAAAAGGCAGCCAGUGACACACCACAGAAGACUGUGCAAGGGAAAAAAGCAGCCAGUAACACAUCACAAAAGACUGUGCAAGGGAAAAAAGCAGCCAGUGACACACCACAGAAGACUGUGGAAGGGAAAAAAGCAGCCAGUGACACACCACAGAAGACUGUGCAAGGGAAAAAAGCAGCCAGUAACACACCACAAAAGAAUGUGCGCCGAACGAAAGCAGCCAGUAACGUAUCUGUGCCUAAAGCAGCCAGUACCACACAGCAAAAGAAAGUGCCCCGAACAGACAGCUGUGUGGAGCUGAAGAAAUCUGUGAACCCUGAUUGACACAGACCCCCACUGAAGGUGCAGAAGCCAACAUCUCAUCUGUCACCUCUGGGCAAGGUGUAUGAGAGACAGACCCUGCUCAAAAGACACGCACAGAACAGGGUUGUACUGAAGGCCCCAACACUCACUUUGCCUUCACUGAUAACACCAUAUGAAAGGUUGUAAUGAAACAAACCCAGUGUAUCAACUUAAUGUGGCUUUCCUGGCCAGACUGGAGCACAGGGUCCAAGUGGUUGGAUAUUUCCACCACCCUGGUUAUGAACCUUCAGACUCUGCCCUCCCAUUGUAAAGAAGAUUCCUAUAUAUUAAUCAAUAGUCGUGAAUUACAGUAUAUACUUAUGGAAGGAUAAUCUGGCCAUGGGAAAGAUAUUUUAUGGGCUAUGUAUAUAGAAAUACCCAUGUUAGAUACUAACUUUUCGUCCAGUAAUCACACUUUAAGUGAAGGGAAUUCAGCUGCCUAAGGCUGAUAGAUUGUUGGGGGAAGUGAGGUCAAAAAAUAUAGCCCCUUGCUAUACACUUUGAAGUGACCAGUUAAAUCAUACACCCAACCCCUCACUGUAUCUAAACCUGUACAGGUAAUCAGUUUCAAAUUGAUGUUUUUAAAGUGAGACUGAAUUUUUUUAAAGUGGCCUUUCUUUACAAGUGCUAGAUACCAUUUUUGUGAGUUUCCACUUAAGACUGAUGCAUAGAAAAUAAGCCUUGUAUUUCUAAAACUAGAUGUGAACUUUUGUACAGGAAACUGGCCAAAUACAUUAAAGCCCAUGCAUAGGCUUUCUAGUGUGUUCUCUUGGUUUCUUCUUAAUUGUGCAUUGAAAUACUAACAGUGAAAAACAGAUAAAAUAUUCUCAUGCUAAAAAACUACUGAAUUGUCGUCAUAAUGUCACAUCAGACUAUGUCAUGGUUCAUAACUGCUUUUUACCAAUUUCUUAGCAUAAACAGUUCUUAGUUGAAAAGAACUGCUACUGUCAAAGCAACAUUUUUACAAAUGUUACCACUAGUCAGCUGAAUAAUGACUGGACAAAGAGUAGCUGCCUGUCUUUGGAAACAGCUGUGGGCCUCUAAGCUACUCCCUUUUGCUAGCAAAGAUAAAAGAACUGUAAAAUAUCUACAGCUGUCUUGUAAUCUGAGUAGAGGAUAAAAGGAGGCACAGAGAUACUUUCAACAAUAAAUCUGAUUUGUAUCUAGAACUUGUAAAAAUGAAAGAGACAGCACAGCAAUACAGAAAGGUAUCUGUGGCCCAGAAAUUUUCCUCUAGGCAACCAUUUCAGAUACUUGGGAAGAGUGUUGCCAGGAACAUCACCACUAUAGUGUGGGAUUUAACCAACUGGACAUACGGGUCUGGAUUUAGAUAAGGCAGAGAAAAUGUUAUAACAUCUCUAUUUUGUCUUCACCUGCACCAGUCAGUGACUGGAUCAGCAGUACCUUUUUAAGAAAGGAUGUGAAUGAUAUUACCCCAGCAGUGUAGACAGCAGGCUUUUGUUCAUCUGAUGAAUAUCCUUGCUUCAUUGAAUCAGUGAAAAUUUCUUAUAGCAUUUUAAUCUGGGCCAGCUGUCCUAUACAAAGACAUCCCUCACCUUCUGCAUAUCCCUGUGAGCAAUCCAUGCUCCUUGCCUGUUCCAGUAACACAAUGAACUUUACUCUUAUUUCUGAACAAACCUGUAAGGAUAGAUUUAGACCCAUACACCUGCCAUGUGCAGAACCAGAAAAAAAAAAUUAUUUCAAAACCAUCUAGGAGAUGGAGAGAUUCUGCAUGUUGGAUGGAAGGAAUGGACACUAUGGAUUUUUUUUUCCCAAUAUGGUUGUUAAAUUCCUGAAAUAAACUUAAGAGAUUCUGCAGUUAAAUAAUGAUUAAAAAAAUAUCAAGAUCUGUAUCAUUCAUUAUUAAAGCUGAAAUUACUUGUAAAACAACAGAAUUUCUGGGCUACUUACCUAAUAUGUGCUGUGAUGUCCCACACUUGGACUCAUCUUGCUUUCAGGAAUUUGCACUUUUGACAUAGUAUGGAGGUUAAACCAGUCAGAAUCUUGAUGUCUUACCAAGAAUAUCAGAGAGUGAAUAUUUCAACUGCAGGUCAGCAGCUUACUUUGUAAGCAUGGACCAUCACAUGGUGGCAACACCUGGGACUGACUUCAGAUGGCUUGUAGGUAGAUGCCUGUAAGAGUCUUUUUACAAUGAAACUGUAUCUUAUGUAACUAUUUUUCUGUAAUCCAGUUGUUUAUUUGUAAUUUUCAACUAGAAACUGUUGAUUCAGAUUUCAUAGUAGUGCUGUUGCCUCUAAACCACCAGUAUGUUUUUCCCUUCCCUCAGCCACCAUUUUGAAAAUAAUUUCGCAGUUUCAUGGAGCAGUAACAGUUGAGACAAUCACUUUAUGCAGCUAAAUUUAUUCUCAGAACAGAUUACAUUUAAAUAUGGAGAAGUGGUCAACAGCAGGGAAAAUUGUCCUUUUUGUUGUCAGUCAUGUACUUUUAUGUAAGACUGGGCUCUGCUAAUAAACUUUGUUGUGUUUC